UCGUGAACGACCUUUUCUUCUCGAUUCUUUGCUCUCUCUCUCUCUCUCUCUCUCUCUCUCUCCUUCGAUUUGAUUCGUUUCGUCGUCGAUCAAAAAAGCCCUUCUUUUCUGUCUUUUAUUUUUUUUCUGGGUUUUCUGAAGUCAAAAGGGUUUUCUCUUCACUGUUCCAAGACUUUCUUUGUGAUUUUCCUCGCUUUCUCAUUGUUUCUAUCCCGGCUUUUCCCGUGAACACCGUAAGCAGCUAGGCUUGGUUUGCUAGAAGAUUCCUAAAAAUGGGAAAUUUUAGUGGGAAUAAAUAGUUUCAUUAGCUGUAAAGUGUAGAGCUUUCGAUAUUAAUCUCCCUAGAUCGGUUUUGGAGAUAGCUGUUUUUGGUAGUGUUGAUCCAGUGUUAGAUCUGUGAAAUCGAGAAGCAUUUUUCUGGUGAGUAUUAUUAAUCGGGUCAAUGUCGGUUCCACCUCGAAUCCGGUCCGUGGAUUCCGGCGAGCGAGACUUCCGGUCAGUUCUCGGUCCAACCGGGAACAAGCUGCAGAGGAAACCGCCAGGGAUGAAACUGGAGAAGCCGACGAUGGAGAAGAAGAACAUCGGGUCAAAGGAUGGUAAAACGAAGAAACCAGAUACUCCGGCUUCACCUACGACGACUCUAAAGCAGUGCUCGUCACUUUGCUCAUCGCUUCUGAGACGUAACAGUGCAUCGAUGACUGCUUCGUAUUCCUCUGAUGCGUCGUCUUCUUGCGAGUCGUCGCCUUUGAGCGUGGUGUCUUCUUCGAGCUGUAAGAAGGCUGUGAGGCGAAGUGCGUCUGUCUCCUCCUCCGCUACAUGUGCGGCGGCGAGAAGGAAGCCGAUUGAUGAGAAGGAAGACAAGGUUGCUGCUGGUGCCAGUAACGGUGAUUGCUUCGCUGACGGUCGAAGAAGAUGUGCCUGGAUCACGCCUAAAUCUGACCCCUGUUAUUUAGCUUUCCACGACGAAGAAUGGGGAGUUCCUGUUCAUGACGACAAGAAACUUUUCGAGUUAUUAUGUCUCUCUGGUGCUUUAGCCGAACUCUCCUGGACCGACAUUCUUUCCAGAAGACAAUUACUCAGGGAAGUUUUCGUGGACUUUGAUCCAGUUGCUGUUUCAGAACUGAACGAGAAAAAAGUAACAGCUGCGAUUUCCUUACUAUCAGAAGUCAAGAUACGAUCAGUUCUCGAUAACUCACGCCAUGUGCGCAAGAUUAUAGCUGAGUUCGGAUCAUUUAAGAAGUACAUGUGGAACUUUGUGAACAACAAGCCAACGCAGAGCCAAUUCAGGUAUCAACGGCAAGUCCCUGUGAAGACAUCAAAAGCUGAGUUUAUAAGCAAAGAUCUUGUACGCAGAGGCUUUCGAAGCGUUAGUCCUACGGUUAUUUACUCCUUCAUGCAAGCAGUUGGUCUGACGAAUGAUCAUCUCAUAGGCUGCUUCAGAUACCAAGAAUGUUGUGUAGAUGCAGACACAACAACAACAGCAACCAAGGCGAAGAGGAAGAACGAGCGAGAUUGAUGAAAUAAGAGCAUUUCUGAAAUUAACGUGUAUUGUUGUUUGCUUUCGAAUAUUUAAUUUACACAACGAGGUUUUGCUACCAUGAUGUGUUUUGUUUUUUCUGCGUUGUAUAGAUUGUUUUUGUUUUUUGUUUUUUAUCCGUUCAUGCUUAGUAGAUUGUUGCAAGAAAACUCUUAGACCGGACGUCUUUGUGUGAAUCGAUUUCAUGCUAGUUUUAUAACCGAAUACGUCGCAGUAGUAUUUGCAGAAUCAAAUAUAAAAUUUGUCAUGUUGUGG